CUUAGUAAACCAGCUUUGGUUGGACCAGAAGUAGAGAAGAGGCAAGCGGAGCAGGAAUGAUGGCGGCGCCUAUGAGAAACGUGGAUGAGAUCCGUGACAGAGUGAUUUUGGGUGAAUUUGGUGUUAGAAAUGUCCAUUCCACAGAUUUCCCGGGAAAUUACCCUGGUUAUGAUGACACAUGGGACCUGAGGAAAUUCAAAAAGAACUUCAGGCUUAACAUUGCUCAUAUGGAUGAAAACACUCUGGAGUUUGAUAUGGUGGGAAUAGAUGCUGCCAUUGCCAAUGCUUUUCGUCGGAUUCUACUUGCUGAGGUUCCAACUAUGGCAAUUGAGAAGGUUUUCAUUUACAACAAUACAUCGAUCAUUCAGGAUGAGAUUUUAGCCCAUAGGCUUGGUUUGGUACCCAUCAAAGCUGAUCCUCGUCUUUUUGAGUACAGAAAUGCUGGUGAUGAAGAAGGCACAGAAAUUGAUACAAUUCAGCUUCAGUUAAAGAUUAAAUGCACAAGGAAUCCCAGAGCUGCAAAAGACUCGUCAGAUCCCAAAGAACUUUACCUCAAUCACAUGGUGUAUUCAAAGGACAUAACGUGGGUACCUAUUGGAAACCAAGCUGAUGUGUUUGGUGAUUCUAAGAUUGGUCCGGUACAUGAUGACAUCCUUUUGGCACAACUUCGGCCAGGACAAGAGCUUGACAUAGUUAUGCACUGUGUUAAAGGAAUAGGCAAAGAUCAUGCCAAGUUCUCCCCAGUGGCCACAGCUAGCUACAGGUUGCUUCCUGAGAUCACGCUACUGCAGACGGUUGAAGGAGAAAAGGCUGAGAGACUAAAGCGCUGCUUCUCAGCUGGAGUCAUAGAAGUGGAGAACAUAAAUGGAGAACAGGUGGCUAAAGUGGUCAACAGUCGGCUAGACACAUGCAGCAGAGAAGUGCUCAGACAUGACGAUCUAAAGAAUUUGGUAAAAAUAGGACGAGUGCGGGAUCACUUCAUUUUCUCAGUGGAGUCUACUGGAAUUCUACCACCUGAAGUUCUGGUCAGUGAGGCCAUUAAUGUACUUAUUGCCAAGUGCCAGAAAUUUCUCACUGAGCUAGAGUCUUCUGAAAUGGAAUAGACAAAGGAAAGAAGAUUAUAUAUACAGACACACACGUCACAGCUGUAUAUAAUAGUGACUUUAUUGGGGGAAGGUCGUGGCCAAAGUGGCACACUUCUGGGAGUUUUGUUGUCCUUAAAAUGAAAGAUUUAUAGAUCUGUGAUCAAGGUCAUUCAGAAAAUGUAAUUCUCAGUUAUUUAGCCAGAUAUUGUAAGUCCAGGGUUUAACACUUUUCUAUAUGGAUGGCUUUGGUGUUCCUUAGGCUUUAGGCUUACGAUAUCUAGUAACCUGAGAAAUCUUGCUUUCUUUAAAUGCCCAUAGACUUGACUACAACUGACCCAUGUAAAAAGUAAAUAACAUCGACUAUAAUAAAUCUCAAGAAUAUUGUGUGUUCUAAAAUGUAACAUUAAUUGUACAUCUUUUUUUGUAUUAAACAUGCUGUUGACUAUCAGUCAUGAA